AUGUCGGAGUUUUGUGGGUUUCGAAAAUCAAGACCAACAGUAAGGACUAAAUGCGUUCAUCCGUUCAGAAUGCGCAAGUGCUUCAAGGGGUGUUCUGAGCCAGAAGUUGCGUUGGUAGAACCUAGAUGCAUCUCAGCGGUCCAACCUCGAACGGAAGAAGUCCUAACCCAUCCUCAAGAAGAUAGAAUUUAUGGAAUUGAGCUAAUUUCUCCAGAACCUUUCGUCGUAAAAUAUCCAAACGAUUCGCCAAUUCAAGCCGUCAUUCCAAGAUCGGUAUCUCCAGUCCACGCCGGCAAUAUGAGAUCGUCCUCGGGUUAUCGAGGUCGUCAAAUGGAUGCUCACAGAUCCCCUUUAUCUCAUGAUUACCAUCGCAGUAAAACACCCAUUAGAAGAUCACCUUCCCCACAAAGCAGAGGAGUUCAUCGUUCCCAUUCAGCAGACAAGAGGUCAAGAAGUAUUAGGCGUGGACCAAGAACUAGGUCAUUCACAAAAUAUAUCGAUGACGACGAAACUGUAGUUGGCAAUGGAGGGAGAUUUAUCUACGUAAAUCCCGAAUACGUUCAGCGUUAUCAUAGAUUUCACGGUAACCAUGACAGUUUCUCCUCAUCUGAAACGGCUGAAAAAAAUCAUUACCGCGGCAAUAACGUUUUUGAGUACAAUGAUAUAUGA